AUGAUGUUGCCAUCAGAAAGAAACAAUAGUGGGGCAACGUUCACACUCUUGGGCUUCUCAGAUUAUCCAGAACUGAAAGUCCCUCUCUUCUUGGUGUUUCUCACCAUCUACAGCAUCACUGUGGUAGGUAACAUUGGCAUGAUCCUCCUCAUCAGAAUCAACCCCAAACUGCACACCCCCAUGUACUUCUUCCUCAGCCACCUCUCCUUUGUGGAUUUCUGCUACUCUUCCAUCAUUGCUCCCAAGAUGCUGGUGGACCUUGUUGCAAGAGACAGAACCAUUUCAUUUUUAGAAUGCAUAGUACAAUACUUUUUAUUUUGUAUCUUUGUGGUAACUGAAGCCUUUUUAUUAGUGGUUAUGGCCUAUGACCGGUUUGUGGCUAUCUGCAGCCCCCUGCUUUAUACUGUAGUUAUGUCCCAGAAACUCUGUGUCACACUGGUGGUGGCUUCCUAUGCAUGGGGUCUUACAUGUUCCUUGACAUUGACAGGUUCUAUUGUGCAAUUAUCUUUUUCUGGUGUCAAUAGAAUCGAUCAUUUCUUCUGUGAAUUCUCUUCAGUGCUAGCCCUUUCUUCCUCUGAUACUCACAUCAGUCAAUUACUGUUGUUCAUUUUUGCCACUUUUAAUGCUGUCAGCACACUCCUCCUCAUCCUGUUGUCUUACCUAUUCAUUGUUGUUACUGUCCUCAAGAUGCAUUCAGCCAGUGGGCGUCGUAAGGCUUUCUCCACCUGUGCAUCCCACCUGACAGCCAUCACCAUCUUCCACGGCACCAUUUUAUUUCUUUUUUGUGUGCCCAACUCUAAUAACACCAGGCUCACAGUCAAAGUGGGCUCUGUGUUUUAUACAGUGGUGAUCCCCAUGCUGAACCCCUUGAUCUACAGUCUUAGAAAUAAGGAUGUCCAAGACACAGUCACCAAAAUAAUGACCAUGAUACCACAUGUUAAGAAUGUUAGACACAAUUAA